AUUUCUACUCGUGUAGGGCAAAUGAAUUAACAACAGACACAAAAUUGGAGUGUGACAUCUUAGAAACACUGUUAUUCCAAGGGGACGUUAUCUCAAAAUACAGAACAUAUAACGCACAUCUAUUUCCCAACGGAUUUUCGCCAACCGAUUCUCGGAUCAUCAAAUAUCGGGCAGGCCAAAAACAAAAAGAAAAUGUCGGCACAAAACGAGGCGACGCCACGAGUGUUCCUCAUCCGCCACGGCGAAACAGAAUGGUCCAAAAACGGCCGAUACACUUCGACGACAGAUUUGGAAUUACUUCCCGAAGGUGUCGAAAAGGUCAAACAAACCGCCAGCGUGGCAUUCGGUCCUGGCCGAUUGAUCGACCCAUCCAAGGUUGGUUUGAUAAUGUGUAGUCCUCGGAAACGAGCACGACAGACUCUCGACUUGUACCUGGACCGAUUGUCCACCGAGGUACCCAGAUCUUCGGAAGAUGGUACCACCGUCGUCGAAGACAGAUCAGAUCUCGAAUCCAAGAUCACGGUAACCGAGGACCUGGCCGAGUGGGGUUACGGAGACUACGAGGGUCUACUGACGCAGCAGAUUCGGGAUUUGCGAAGGUCGCGAGGUCUCGACACCGUCCGUCGGUGGAACGCCUUGCUGGACGGCUGCGAGGGACCUGGGAGCGAGGUCCCCGCUGAUGUGAUGCGACGAAUCGACCGCAUCAUCUCACGCGUCACCGCCCUCCAGAGAGACGCCCUCGACCACGCCAGGCCCUGCGACGUCGUACUCUUCGCACACGGACACAUCUUUCGGGCGUUCGUCAAGCGUUGGCUGGGCUUCGCGGUCGACGACCCGGUCAGGUUGGACUUCCAGUUCGAACCGGGGAGCGUGUGCGGGUUGAGUUACGCCAACCGGAACGUCGAGGAUCGUGUCCUCCUCGCCGGGAUGAGGCUGCCGUUCCUUCUUCUACUGCCCCCUCAUCGUCAUCAUGAAAGGUCCUCCAAACAGAGUCAGUCACGUUGACCCCCCUUAUCCGGGCAGGCACGAAAUUGACUUUGCCAAGUGGACGUCACCGACGAGAAAUAUACACACGAUACUACUACGAGGGGUCAUGGCAUCCUAGAGAGAAUUCAUGAUCAGUGGGAGAGAGGAAUUUCAAUCAAUUCACAGGGCAAUGCACCACCGGAAUUUAAUAACGCAAGCUGAUUCGUUCUCUCUUUACUAAGACUUUACUAGUAGUAUAUUUUUUCACUCCCUCUCUGU